UCCAUUAAAAAGAAAAAGAAAAAAAAGAAAGCAAAAUUCAGAGAGACGAUUCUAACCAUUUCUGAAUUUAGUGAGCUUAGAGAACCCUAACACUCUCUCUCUCUCUCUUCGAGUCUCAUCAGCGAGAAACCAAUAUGAAAAAUUCUCUACCAGCCUCUACAGAUUAUUGGCCCCAAUUUUAGUCGGUUGUGAUAAUCUUAUUAGUACAUUUGUUGUUGAAAAAAAAGAAAGAAGGUGUUGCUCUCAAAAGGGUCUUCAUUUUGGGUGGUUUGCAAGCUGGUCUUUGUUUUGUUAUAGUCUUCCAACACUGAUGGCAGACUUGGUUGGGCCGAGGCUGUACAGUUGCUGCAAUUGCCGGAAUCAUGUUGCUCUUCACGACGAUGUCAUUUCUAAAGCUUUUCAGGGAAGGAAUGGCCGAGCCUUUCUGUUCUCUCAUGCGAUGAACGUCAUGGUGGGGGCUAAAGAGGACAGGCAACUAAUGACUGGUCUCCAUACGGUUGCUGAUGUCUACUGCUCUGAUUGCCGAGAAGUGCUUGGUUGGAAGUACGAAAGAGCCUACGAAGAAACGCAGAAAUACAAGGAAGGAAAGUUCAUACUCGAGAAAUCGAAAAUAGUAAAGGAAAACUGGUAGUUAACAAUGGUGGAUUCAUGGUAGUUGACAAUGGAGGAUUUUGAUUUUUCCAUCAAGAUAUUGGUGAGUGUGUAAAGGUUACUCGUACGUACUUGUAUUCUCAUAAACUGAAAAUAUCUUUAGGUCAUUGGUCAUGGUUGUGCAUUGUUCUUGUGUGGAUAUUUGUAUUGGAUUGGAUGAUUUGUUUUGUUAAUAAAAUGUGAAUAACUCUCAA